AUGUUUGCAACCGACCUCCUCCAGACAGGUCCUGCUUCAAGUGUUCUUCCAAUCCCGGUGGCUGUUCAGUUAAGGUGUCAGAUCAUGAGCUAUGAGUCACCUGCUUGGGAGAAUAUAACGGACAGUUCCACGGUUGCUCCCAGCACUCCCCAUCAGGAUGGGUACGUUUUAAUCCUGGUUCUGCUCUCAAUAUUUAUUGGGGGAACACUUCUAAUCCUUACUGGGGUACUGAUUCUCUGUAGACGUUUCUGUGAUUCCCGUCGAAGACUCUCCAGACCCAGCGAUGAUGCAGAGAAAACAAACACAUCUUAUGUGGAUGAGUUACAGCCUACCCAUGAUAUUACUAUUCGAGUGGAGGAAGCAGAGUCUCUCUCAGCCUCAGGUCUUCGAGAUGUGGAGUCUGAGAGGUUCUUGGGGACCGCAUCCAGUGGCCGCAGAGUUUCAUUCAAUGAGGGGGCCCUGUGUGCGCAGGAGAAGAGAGAAAGGGACAGAGGAAGAAGAUAUACUCUUACAGAGGGAGACUUCCAUUAUCUGAAGAAUGCAAGGUUAACUUUGACCCCACUUCCUUCACUGCCCCCUACUGCCCUACACAUCCUUACUAUUCAUGAAAGCGAGGCAGGGGACAGCAGCAGUAGUGGCGGUGCCUCUGAGACACGACCACCUUCCCCCAGCAAGUCAAACAUCUCAAUAUACCAGCCACCUUGUAAUACUUUAGCUCCACUGAGUCGCCUCUCAAUUAGCCUAAGUUCAGCUCUUCCUGGAGAUGUAUACAACUCUGUAGCAGAUACCAGUUUCAUGGAGACCCCAUCUCACACUCCUCCUUCUCAAGGGCAGAGCCCAGCCAUUGUGAGGAUUGACAACGGAAGCCAUUCUAUACAGGGCGGGGAGGGUAGUGAGGUAGGACCCUCACGGGCUCAUGGUGCUGUCCUACACUUUUUCAAUCGGCUAAGGCGUCAUGCCAGUUUGGAGGGAGCAAGCCCUUACCUAAAAAUCAAGAAGUGGAAACUUGGGAGUGUACAGCGAGCAAGCAGCCUAGACACCCGAGGGUCUCCAAAGCGUCACCAGUUUCAGCGCCAAAGAGCAGCAAGUGAGAGUGCAGAGCGAGAUGACAUCAUACAGUAUAUUGCUCGGAAUCAGGAAACUAUAUUCCCCUCUGCCCCAGGAACCUUUCUUACACACUACAGGACCCCUCCACACUCUCUCGGCAGGUUAGAUGGUGGGGAGGAUGGGUCUCUAUCAGACAUUGGAAGCACAGAGCAAACCCAGCUUAACCCACAGUGUGAUAUCUGGAGCCUCCGAGCCUCACUUGAGCUAUGCGCUUCUGAUCAAAGCAGCAGCAACAAUGACCGUGACUCUGUGCGUAGUGAUGCGGAAAGUGUAAGUUCCUUAAGUGGACUCCCCAGCCUUCCAUCCCAAGACUUACCAGAGGGCCGGCAACAGCGGGGAUCAGAGCCUGAGGCUGGGGCCCGAAAGCUACUACAGAUGGACAGUGGUUAUGCUUCAAUUGAAGCACCUUGUCGCCCUCCAGAGGAGCCAUGUAGUGCUCAUAGGGACAAAACUGCAUCAGAGAAGCGUCUAUUCUUUACCUACGCAGGACGCAAAGGAACAGUCUUUGAGAGCUUAGAAGGGCGUUUGUAUGAGGAAGGAGCAGCAGGUGGAGAAGAGGAGGUAUGGAUGCCCUCCCAGGCUCAGACACUGAUCCCUCGCGAAGCCUCAUCUCGCCGGGAUUACAGCAUUGAUGAGAAGACUGAUGCUUUGUUCAAUGAAUUCCUUCGACAUGACCCACAGUAUGAUGAUUCUCCCUUGCGCAUGAAGCAUCGGUCCCGUGCUCACUUGCGCAAACAGUGGCAAAGAACCAAGCAGUACAGUGAUCCAGGUGUUCGCUACCCUCCUGCCUUGGACAGACAUCGUGUUGCACCACUACGCAGAGGUGACAGCACCAGCUACCUACCAGAGCCACGCUACCACAGCACUCUACCCCGUAUUGCAAGCUCUACAGAUGAAGAAGGGACAGAUGGGUGUCCACAAAGCCCAGCUGUACUUAGUCCUGAGGACAAGAUUCAGGCCAUAGAGGAGGAGCCAAGUGAACAUGGACCUGCCUCUGAGGAGCCACGUCUUGCCCCAGAGGACACUGAACAAGACUAUGGUUAUGGUCCCCAGACCACUGAUAUACUAGACAAAAUUGGUGCGGGGCUGGAGGACCGCCUCUAUCCCAUAAUGCAAAGGAUGGCACACAGCCCAGAGAGGCUCUGUACAGUGGCUCAUAUUUCACCUGAUCACAGCCCUGUCUAGGUUAGAGUGAAUAGAAUGCAACAUUUAAAAUGAGUCUACUUUAAAGAACUUACGGCAGGGAUGAGGGGGUCAGUAACUCAGCAGGAAAGUAGGUUGCUGCUCCCUACCGCACAGAGUUUAGUGUCAGUUGAUGCACGCACAGGAUGCAGCCACACAUUGAUCACACUAGCACACUAUGUACAAUACAAACAUAAAAGCAUGUAAAUACAAGCACUACACGCACCACACUUCAUUCUACCACAAAGCAUGGUCCAACCUGCAUAACCCAGAUGUGUGUUGGCAACUGUACAAUUCUCUUCCAAGCAAUACAAAGAUUCUUCCUAUUUUAUGGAUUUGGUGUGGGUUCUUCAGGGAACUUUUGUGCCAGAGGAGCUCUGAGCAGACCCUCACUUUCUAGAGA